AUGCCACAAGACACGACGGAGAAGAAAGCACGGAGCGAGAGCCUGGGAAAGGAGAAGCGAAAACCCGUCCGUAGUGACCCUGAGAAACGGCGGCAACAGAACAUCCGAGCGCAACGAGAGAAGCUCCGUGGGCGAUUGGAGGACCUUGAAAUGCUUGCAGCAUCACUGGCACAGAGACCCCCGAUGACGGGCAAAAUCCAGUCCGAGUCGAUCCUAGGUGAUGGUGCCUGGGACGUGUCGAUUCCCGGUUCAUCGAUAGCUACUCCCAAGGACUGCCAACAGCUUCUUCCACAGUCAGACUAUACCGCAUCAACACUAAAUAUCUGGGACUCUACCACACAUCUGACAUCCUCAGACAAUACCCUAUCGUCGCCAAACGUCUGGGAUUCUAUACUCAGGGACUGCACAGCACAACUCUCACAUUCAGAUAUUUCCCCAUCAACACUAGCAUUCUUGGACUCCACAAAACAAUUUCCACCAUCGGAAACUCCCUUGACGGCACCGAGAGUAUGGGUUCCUCCAACCCACGUCAUUCCUUCCGUUCUCAUCCAAGAUAAACACAGGGACGGCAUUGAUCGAUGCUGGUCGACCACCACCAUCAAAUGUAAUUGUUCCAGCCCACAUUUCAUGAUACAAACGCACCGUCCCGGCCCAUACAGCUCUACCGAGGUCAGAAUACUCAGGACUGGACCGGUCAUACCUACACCAGAUCCAUAUGCCAACCAUCUUCGCCUGGAAACAAUCUGUACUUUAGCCGCAAUGGAUACUCUCAGGAUGCAUAUUAGCAUUACAGAGGAGAUGAUGUGUACCAAGGAAUCUCCCUCGCCAUUCUAUAGGUCGCUUAGGGCAUCAGCGGAUGACAUGGUCAAGGAAAACAUGAUCUGCACAGUGCAGAGGAUUUUCAUGACACUCAAGCCAGACUUGAGGCCAAGUAUUGAACAAAUUACUGUCAAACAUCCUCCAUACAUUGAUGUUCUGCCUUUUCGGACGCUACGGAAGAAUCUCAUCCUGCAGCAGCAAGAGGUAGACGAGGAUGAAUUUCUCCGCGAUGCCGUUACUGGUUUAGUGUGCUGGGGAGGGGCAGGCGUUGGGAGGAAGGAUCGAGAUACUUCUACUGGAUAUGCUUCGACUGGUACUCCAUGGGACAACCGCAGCUGGGAGGCGAAGGAAUGGUUUCUGAAGAAGUACUGGUCUCUGCUAGGUGGUGAAGAGGGAGAACUUGUACGACAAAGUGAGUGGUGGCGCAAUAUCAGAGGCGAGGACCCGCUGGACAUAGAGGCAGUGGCAUGA